AUGGCUGAUCCCCCAUCCGACUUGUCGGAGACUAGGAUGGAGCUUCGAGCCGUCUCAAGCAAGCUUUCCUCCUGCGAGCAAGCUCUCGAGGGGCAUGGCGCCUACUUGGGCAUAAGGGAUCCGGCAACGCUUCUCGGCCAGUUGCAAACUCUGCAAAAAAAGGAGGAGCAGCUACGAGAGGUUCUCUUGAUCCUGCUGCGUACGACUGCCCUGCAACCGCCGAUACUGCAUCCACCGCAGUUGCAAGCACCCACUCCCGCUGCCAGCCCUUCGGCCUUGCAGCCUUCUGCACCCCCGACCCAACUGCCGGCUUCGGUGGGCACAUCGGCCGCGCCAUCUCGAGCUCUUCCAACUACCAGCAGCCCUCGCCGCCGCCGGCCUUCCCAGGUGGAGACGGCGGCCCGUCGAGCGAGCGCCCGGGUUGGUGCAGCGGCGUCGGGACCAGGAGCGGCUUCGGCUUCGGACUCGUCUGCUUCUUCUUCUUCCUCUUCUUCUGGUGUGUUCGAUCCUCCCAUUCUCCCACCUUUCGUGCCCGUCGCGCCGACGACUGGAGCAUCCAAAACUGUGUCGCUGCAUGAGGCGCUAGGCAUUCCGCCUCCGGCUAAGGCCGGGGCCGGGGCCGGGGCCGGGGCCGGGGCCGGGGCCGGGGCGGGGGUGGGGGCGGGGGCGGGAGCAGGGACUUCUUCGCGGGGCGUGCCGUACAGGCACGGGCAACACGCUCUGUACAGACUAACAGCACCACCUUCCGGUGGCAACGUCUCGGCAAGUGGUGGUGCUAGAGAUUCCGUAGCCGCCAGCGGGAGAUCUCUCGGUCUUGCGACCACAGCGGGUGCUGGGCUCGAGAAUCGAUCCGGUGCUGACGCUGCUUCGAGUUCCAGCCCCGAAGGGUUUGAUGUUGCAAGUUCUUCCUCAGGGUUUGGCGAGACAUCUUCUUCCCAGCGUACAUCUAUUCGGCCAGUGACGGGGAUAGGGGUCGAUGUAGCCAACGGCAGCGGAGUACGCGUAACACCACACGGAGUAGACGGAGAGCAUGGCGAUCAAGGUGUUGCAUCUGGCUCGUCGAGGGGCGACGCUGCUGAGGAGAGCGAGGGUUCUCUGCCGGCGGAAGCCCCACGCCCAGGUGCCGUCGCUGUCGGAACGGUAGCAGAACGCGGGGGUGGCGGCAUGGUAGCCACAUCCACUGUUGACAGCAACGGCUCGACAAUACCAACCGAAGGGGUUGUCAGGAAUGAUGAGCAGCAGCCGAGAAAAAGGGGAGCGUCGGCCCAACGGGAGACCGUCUCGAGGCAAGAAAAUGGGUGCGCUUCUCCUCGUUCGACAAGUGCUGCGGAGGCCGUCGGCGGGGAGAAAGCCACCGUUUCCGGAGAGGAUGAGUGUCCGGCCGCGCCAGCAACAGAUGCAGAGGCGAGCAUGGAGGAAAAGUUCACCAAGGAAAUGGAGGUUGAACUUCGGCGCGGCAACGCCCGGAAUUUUGCGGGACUGACGAAAGCGACUACAUCAGCGGCAGCAAGGGCGGCAUUAGCCGUCGCGUCGAGGCCCAUGGCGUCGUCGGAUCGUACUGUGCACGUGCCUUACAAGGUCAAAUCGGAAACCGUAUCUGCCGCCAGUAACGCCAUGGCCGCUUCACCCAACCGUUGGCCAGCUAUGCUCGCUGCACAAGAAUUAAGCGCCCUCACCGUGUGGGAAAAAAACUUGAUCGUGGACGAAGCGGAGAGAUGCGUGAAACGCAAGUCCGUGGAUGCGGCGGAGCGCUUGCCUGCACCGCGACCUCCAACCCCCGCGUCGAGGGCUGCAGUUCCCGCAGGGGUAGCGGGGUCGGUUACGAUAGACCACGGUGAUCAAGACUGCAGUCAUGGGGAUGCGUCUCCGCCUGCGUUGCCACCGCCUGAGGUGAGAGUGCUUCGAACAGCCCACCCCGAAGAGGUCGCAACACCGGCGGCAAACUUGUUAGCGGCAUCGCCAGCACCGGCAGGAGGGGUCGCCGGCGAUUACGGCCCACAGCAGCAGCAGCAGAUACAGCAACAGGAGGAGGGGCGACCACCAGCUGCCCAGCGACCACCUGCUGCUGACCUGUCGACUGAACCACGCAAGACGACAGCACUCUCGAGUGCGACGACCGCGAUCUCCCAUGCUACUGUCGGGAUCGGCCAAGGUAGCGGCGAUGGAGUUCCAGCACACAGCAGUAGGCCGGUGAGGAAGCGCAGGAAGAGCGCGGAGGCCGGCGGGUGGUCGCGGUACAGCAAGGAAGACUUUGUGUUGGGGGAGGCACUGGUGCUGGGGUUGAGCUCAGAGGGAGAGGAGGACGAGGACGAGGAAGAGCAGGAGCCUGAGGAGGAGGAGGACUACGCGUUUCAGGGACAACGGCCCUCCCGCCCUGAGGGAGAAAAAGAAAUGCGGUCGGCGAACGGCAGAGCCGGUGGUGAGGACGGGGGGUGGGGUGAGGAGGAGGACGCGCUGCUGGUCGACGUUGGUGGAGACGACCCUGAAGACGACGAGGACGCCCUGGAUGACGCCGGUGUCGGGACCACCAGGAAGAGGAAAGGCGCGGUGGGCCCCGUCAAGAAGCGGAGCCCACCGAACGCGUGGAAGAGGCGGUGCGCCGACGGCACUUGCCAGCUGGGAGCGAGCUUUGCGAUGCGUGGGGAGCCGGCGAAGUACUGCAGUGCUCACAGCGACGCCGGAAUGGUGAACGUGACUCAUCGGCUCUGCAUGGACCCACGCUGCAACCAUCAGCCGAGCUACAACAUGCCAGGGACGCAGAAGGCUAUUUACUGUCGCACGCACAAGAGGGCUGGGAUGAUCAACGUGACCUCUCCCAAGUGUGAAGCCGACGGGUGCAUCAAGCGCCCUAGUUUCGCUUUUCUGGGAGAUCACAAAGCCUCCUUCUGCGAAACCCACAAGCUGGCGGGGAUGAUCAACGUCCGCAAGAAGCCGCGGAGCAACAGCGGAGGCUCGAGCACCCCGCAACCCCGCCAACGGGUGAAGCAAGCGCCGGCCUACCAGUCUCUGCCAAGCGCGGUGGGUCUUGAGGUCGGGUCGUCGGCGUGGAGUAGCGCAGCAGCAGCCGCAGCCGCGAAGGCGAAAGCCGCCGCAGCCGCCUCAGCCGCGGGGGGGAGCGCGCGCAGUUUCGACUCCCCCUUUCUAUCAGACUCUCCAUCUUCAGCGACAGCAGCAGCAGCGGCAACGCCUACUACCACCGUGACCCCCUCGUUCGCCUCGGUGCUGUCGAGCCUUGGCUACAAUGUUACCGUCCGCCGGCCGCUUGGCGACGGGGGUGGCGGGGGGUUGGGGGUGGGGGCGGAGGCGGAACGCCAAUGAGGACCGACGAGGGCCAUUUGCGGUGUAGGCAUCCAGGCCGGGACCUCUGCGUCGGAUAGGCUCUGAGUCGGAUAGGCUCAGCUUCGCGUGGUCGUAGUGAUUGUCUUUCGUGAUUGAGUUCGAGUUGUUGCCUGGAACGGAGUCAGGCGUGGUUUCGCCAUGGCGUUUUUGUCGUGUGGGAAAGGAGCGGUGUUGCUCUUGCGUCGUGUCGUGGGUGUUUCGUGAAGGUCGUUUUGUUGUACUAGGUUUUGUAGAACGCCCGCUUCAUCCCACGGUGAGAUUCUGGCUCUACGGCGGAAACUGGACAGCGUAGCGUUCGUUUAGGUGGCUCUUGCCUUGUAGGAAACCCCCCGUCGAGACUUUCUUGUUUCAUGUCUCUGUACGAGGCCGCUGUCAAGAAUUUUCGCCGUGUUUGAAAGCUCUUUGGUGAAGAUCCUUGACGAAUAUCGGUGCCAAUUUUGUCAGACGGUUGGCGGCAGCGCCGUGAGUGUCGGGAGGUGCGUGGUGUAGCUUUUCGUGGAGUUUAGGGUAUCGUGGAGUGCGUCCCCCAUCUGGAUGUGCCCGCGACCUAUGUGUAUGUUGUUGCGUGACGAGGAUCCGGGCUCUGUUUCACGUUGACCAAAAUGUGGGUGUUGGCCAUGUAGAGCUCGGGCCAUGAGCUGCACGUUUUGUUGCACGGGACGGUGUCGACCUAUCCGACAUCGCCGCCAUUGCUAGGCGCGCUUGUCUUCUCUCUCAAUUCAGCGGCUGCUCCAUCCCAUGCAGUGCUGUCGCGCAAGGGGCCUCCAUGUUUGGGAGGGCCCCGUGCAGCGUGGCAGUGUUUGCCUCGGUGGACUAUUCUGCUGUUUUGGCGUGUUCGGUGGACAUGACCGUGGCUUAACAGGGUUGGCUGCUCCUCGAAGGACCGAACAUUUUUGCACCACGUCAACUCAAACCCGCAGAGGUCGUCAUGGGUCGAGAGCCUUGAGAGGCUGUGCGUCGUUCGAAUCACCCAUUGCCCACCUUCCCACCGAAGCAGCUUGACCCCCGAGUGCGGGCCAGGUAUGCAGCGUACGGAUGCUGUGCUUUAGGCCCUUACGGAGGCUAUGUGUCGAAGGAACUUGAGGGGAGAGAGUGGGGGGCAAGUCUUUAAAAUACCUUGGAUUAUGAGGGUGAUGUCUUGCCCACAUGGCAGCGAUUGCAAAGUGGCGGUGCUCCCUGGAAUGUGUGCGUGAAAGUCGCUUGACACUAUCAGAAUUCCUCGGCGGAGUGACAUCAAAUGUGUCCUUGGCAUGCCCAUGUCUUAUGCCGAUACCCGUCCCAACACGUGCCGGGGCCCGCCUUGGAUGUAAUGUACUCUCCAGUUCGCGAACCUAUUGAGUUGGGCGCACGAUAUCUGCAUUUGCACUGCCAAGAACCUUCCCAAGACCUUGUGGUGUUGAUGUCUUGCCGAUCUUGUAGCACAUUUUGCGUGCAAGGCCAUGUCGUCCACUCGUAGCCCGUUGGAUCCAACACCCGACCGGGGUAGGCACUUGCUGCGAUACUUGAUGAGCAGUUUGUACAAUACGGUUCGACUUUGGUAGAGGCUUGCAAACCCUUGCAGCCUAUUUGGCAUCUUGUUUUGAAGGGAUUCUGCUGAUGAUGAUAUCGUCGUAUUGAUGUGUGUUGUCAUGU